CAACGCUCAAGCAGAGGAAGAAGACGUAUCUUGUUUACCAGCCUGAUCAUUAUUCAAACUCAGAUCACUGGUUAUCACUCGUUAUCUACGCCUGUUUUUUGUUUUAAUUAAAACAACGUUCCUUAUCAUAAGUUUUGCUACCCAAUUUCAUUACGAGCAAGGUGGUUCUACAUUGGUCGGCUUUAUCGGAACAAACGAAAGUUCACCGGGCGCGAAUUGAUAGUCAUUACCGGAGCAACUUCCGGAAUAGGAUUAGCUUUGGUUCAGGAACUUUCCUCCAGGAAUUGUCACCUAGUUCUGGGCUGUCGCAGCCUAACUAGCGGCAUUCUGCUUCGGAAGCAACUUGAGCGGCAAAGUGGUCCGGAUAUAACGGUGGACAUUUUUGAACUGAAUCUGAGCAGCUUGAAAAGCGUCGUUCGAUUUGUGGACAACGUCUCCAAUCUGCGAAAACCGAUAUACGCUUUGGUCAAUAACGCAGGAAUAUUCUAUGCCCGCCCUGGCCUGACGGUUGACGGAAUCGAGCAAACUUUCCAGGUGAACUUUCUAAGCCAAUAUUUGCUAACUAUAUUGUUGCUGCCAAAACUGAAGCAGUAUCCUGACAACAGCCGGGUGAUAAUCGUGUCUUCAAAGGCUCACCAAGCGAUUGAUCGAUUUCCUGAUUUGGAGCUCCAUCGAGAGUUUGACGACUGUUCGGCUAAUCGUUUCAGAGCUUAUCAGUACAGCAAGUUCAGUUUAGUUACUUUUGCUCACAAGCUCUCAUCGAUAUUGGAAAACUCCAGCGUGUCCGUUCACUGCGUCGAUCCUGAGAACGUUGAGACCAACAUCUACAGAAGUUUUCCGCCCUUAUCGAACAAGCUCCUGUUUUAUUUGCAAAAGCCUCUAAGGUUUUUCUUGAUCAAAACUCCAAGAGAGGGGGCUCAAGGUUUGCUGUAUGCAAUUCUUUCCCCAGAGGUCCCAAGGUUCUACAUCGUAAAACAUUACUCUAAUUUGGACGAGCAGCAAGAAGUGAAUCCUCGAGUCUACAAUCCUAUCGUAGGGGACACAUUAUGGAAGCUGAGUCGUCAACUGUGCCGCGAGCAUCUCCUGGAGAUGAUCUAGUGCCGAAAGUUUGGAGAAACGAUGUCAAAGGAUUGCGUAAAGAGUUGAUCAGCUUCCGGUUCAUAUCCUUGGACAAACCAACCCUAGAAGCCCGUUGUCUGAUAAAAGUGAGCGAGGUAAGCGAUCUCGCUAGCAAGGAAUCCAAAAUACUCAUCCAGUGCGUAACAAUCCCUGAACAAUGGGUCACCAUUGGAAGUGGCCUGUCUCCCAUCGAUUGCUACGUGGAACUUUUCCUCAUGGAAAUGCUACCCAACGAGAAAAGUAAAUGUACCAUCACAUGUAAAGAUCACCUGCAAAUUAGCUUCGUCCUCGAGUUGUUACAAGUCGAAACCCCGGUUCUCCACUUUACCAAAUCUCCCAAAGAAAACCUCUGCCUGGCUAAGAAAUACAAAGAGAACGGAGUGAAAAUGUUCCCCAAAUACCCACUAUUUGCUCACGCAUACUUCAACCGCGCUGCCAAAUGUCUACUCUCCUGCGAACCGCUGGAAGCUUUGGACCCUGAACGAGAGGGAGCGGACACCAUCAGCGAGAUGCAAGCCCUGUUGGAAACGCUUUACCUCAACAUUUCUGCCUGCCUAAUCAAGGAACAACGCUUUGACGAUGUGCUUCAAAUCUUGAAGUUCGUAGAUCGUAAGGAAAACCCUUCGGAAAAGGCCAUCUACCGGUUGGCGCUGGCUCAGUUCCACGUCGAACAGUAUCCGGAAGCCAUCAAAACUCUGAAGAGAAUCGAUUACGCCGCCAGCAAGGAGUGCGCGGCUUUGUACCAGCGGAUCAAAACCUCGUGGCAGCAGGAUCAGAGCAAGUAUAAUAAUAUGGUGAAGAAAAUGUUUGGCUAAUUGGUAUAAAGUAUAAAGUCCCUAUUAUCUAUGAGGUAAGAUUUGAAGACACUUUGAACAUUCGUCAUUUCAUGUUAAGAUUGUUUGUAUGAAAGUUAAAAAUGAAUGGUAUGACGCGUAAUUAACGGAUUAUCCAUAAUCAUUGCUUUGUAAAAUUAUUGUAACUCUCUUAAAAAGGAUAUGCGAAUAACAUACUAUUAUUUUUUCGAAA